AUGCCUUCGUUCAGGAACAUCGUGGGCGUCGUCGCCGCUGCUUUCGUUGUCAGCGUGCAAGCCGACUACUAUAUCAACCCCGACAGCGUCUCGCAGACCGACCGUAAAUACUGGUGCCAGUCAGAGCUGUCUACGUGCCCCAUUAUCUGCUCCCAGACUACCGAGGGCAAGCCUAUCACCAACACCUGCGACCCUGCUACUUUGACCUAUGGCUGUGUCUGCUCCAACGGCCUGCAGCCCAACGUCUCCGAAUACUCGCUUACCCUGCCUUACUUCGUCUGCCAGGAGUGGGGUAACCAAUGCGUCAAGGCCUGCGGACAGGCCAACAAUGGAUGUGCAAACGCUUGCCGGGCAGACCACCCUUGCGGUGCCCGGAACCCCAGCCGUGUCACCUCCACAUCCUCCUCGAGUACAGCCACUGCCACGGGCGGUGCUCAGUCAAACCAGGUCUUCUCGGGCUUUGGCGGCGACUCCGGCUCGGGAUCUGACUCCAACUCCAAGGUGAACAAGAACGCUGCUCCCGCUCUAGGGGCGGAACGCGUCGGCUUCGUCGUUGUCGUGGGCGGCCUUGUGGCCGGUAUGGCCCUGAUGCUAUAA